AUGACGACGGGCACCGCAGUCGACGCGGACGCGCGUGUGUCUCGAGCUGUACAGUCGCGGGCUGCAGAUGCGCCCGCGAUGACGCGACAGGACGUUGUCGCUGGUCUGAGUGUGCUCACUGCUGCAUUGGCCGAGCACGUGACGGGAGAGGAGCGUGGCACGCGGAAAGACAUUGACAAGGCAGUGACACGGGUGCUCGAUUGGCUGCACCUCGAGAUUGCAACGCCAGCACUGCAUACUGUACCGAUGUCCCAAGAAGAUGAGAACGACGGGACAUUGACGCGCAUGUCCGUGCAAAAACAGCUGUCGCAGGUGCUUUGGCGCUGGCACGAGGAGCAGCCGAAGUCAAUGCAUCGCGCGCGUUGGAUGCUGUGGUUGGAGUUGGGCUGUACUCUAGAGGUGCUACGAUGCUGUGAAGUGGUGGAGAUGAGGGAUGAGAGCUGUGCGCUGCUAAUGACAACGCCGCAUCCUCCGCGCGACUUUCCAACGUCGGCGACACUGUGUGACAAGGAACAGCAAGUGGUCUUUUGUCGGGAGCUGUGGGACGCAGUGCUAGUCAGGCCACUGAACGAAGCUCCGUUCGAAGCACAGUGUGUGGCUGCGCCAAUAUUGGUUGAUGUUUUUGCGCAUUGGUGGACGGCUGCUAUUCAGAGAUACGAACUUGUGUUUGUCGCAAACGUCGCUAUACCGCUUCGAGAGCACAUCCAUGAUACGUUGACAAGCAAUCUAUUGCUGAAAGAUGCGUGGCUUAGUUGUGCGAGGCGUAAGGGAAGUGCAGCUGGUACAACGACCGACGCAGGAUGUUUAGCUGUUGCUGUCAUGGUUCUAAGCGCGUUGACAGUAGCUCACCAAGCACCGGAGAUCGUGCAAUACCUGAGCUCAUUGGGAGCUGACACUGUGGUUGAGCUAUCGCGUCAACCGUUUCCUCAUCCGCGCAGACCUGUUGCUGUUGUCGCGAUGGCGCUGGGUCUCACAAUCCUCGAUGAUGCAAGGCGUUCCAGUGAUGUGUGUGGACAAUCGCAGUCAGGCGAUGCAGUGAUUCUGAGCCAAUUCGCGCUACUGCGGCUUGUCAAUCUGCCUCUAAUGGCGCCUCCGUUGAAACCAUACAGUGAUGCAACGAUAUCUGAAUAUCAAACGAAAGUGCAUGAGUGGGUAAAGGCUUUAGUAUUCGAGCCAUCGUACGCUGUCCUCCACAAAUGCUUGCUGCAGAUGGCAGAACUGUGUAUCGAGGAGGUCGUCAGCUUUUUCCAGACUUCGCGCAAAACGCAUCUUGAUCUUGUAGCAGCCAUGCGGUCAGUUCUCCCGACGAGUUCGUUCCGCACAAACGUGUUGCAAGAACAUCUGACGUCUCGCGCUCCUGCCGUGCACGAUAAGUGUUUGCUCAUGCCGAUAGAAGAAAUCGUGAGGUUUACCCGACAGUUCUAUGCAGGUGUUGCGCCGAUUUUGGAAGUGUUGGCAGUGGAUUAUACCGUGCAGUCGUUCGUCGCCCUCUCUCGGAUUGAGUUUGCUCGUGAGAUGUGUGCAUUUUCAUGCGCCAACGCAUCGAUGCAAGUAGUGACAAAGCAGUUGGAGCAAGCAUUGGAGAAGACUGCAUCGCCACCAGAACAGAUAUUUGCGCCAGUCUUGCGCUCCAUAGCAAUGCAUGCGGCGACUACGAACGCCAACAUUUUACCUGAAACUGACGUCGUGAGUGCAUGCCAGGCACUAGCUGUGGGGCGUGUCGUGCAACGCGGGCUGCGUAUCUUGCUUUUCCAGUGUGCGUCACUGAUCGACGAUGUGCUUUCUGUAGUCUUCUCAGUACUGUACAACGUUUUUGAACCGGCGGAUACGUUUGGCCACGGUUUCAUCGGCAUGUGCUUGUCACAUCUAGCGCAGUUUAUUCCGCGUGCCAUGGUAUUGCCGCAUUACCUGCAAGUCACACUUGCUUCAUACCCAGCCAACGCUUCCUCUCAAGCGCUGACCAAGGCAUGUGGAGUGGUAUUCGGGUCACUGUUUUAUUCCGACACUCUUGCGGUGCCAGCCACGUCUGAUGCGAAUCGAGCUGCAGAAUCGACUCGUCAUAUGGUGGUCUGGGCGAUUCGGAAAUGUUGUGAGCGCAGCACUGAGCUACUGGCUGAAGAAGAAGCGAUGGCUGUCACGGAGGAUUCUGCCAAGAAGGCGGUUGCUUCGAGCGAGACGGGUGGAAUGUACCUUGCUGGCUUGGUGUUUGAUCUCAUGAAGAUAGCACCGGUCGACAGGUUGGUCGACAUCUCAAUGGAAGCUGAGCGACUCCUUGCUCACUGGAAGACCAGUCCACGCGUACUGCGCAAGUUGAAGAGUGCACUGUUUGCGCGAGUCUCAGUAAACUGUGAAGCCAAAACGCGUGCGUGGGUCGCAGCUUGGUAUAUCGAAGUCGACAGGUUGUACCCAGUCGAGACAGCGCUUGCGACGCGCAUGACGUUGUCUCGGCUGUGA